GCCGCGAGCCAAUAAAGCGUGAACCCGUCCGGCCGGCUCGCACUUUAAGACUUCCCGAGGGCCGCGGAGGACGCCAGUCGCGCCGGGAGACGCUUACCUGCCGCUUCCGUCGCCGCCCGGUGCACCUGGCUGCAAGGCAACCUCGUUCGGACGGAGGACCGCGACAGCUCCGCGGAGUUGAAACGGGCGCGCGCCGUCCCAGGCACGUCCUCCGGGCGGAACGCGGGACGCUUCGGCGACACCUUUACCGACCUGCCCCCCCUCCCCCCGCCGCCGCCCGCUGCCGCCGCCAGCCCGGCCCGGGAAAGGUGGGACGGCUCCGGCUCUCGUUACGGAAGCGGCCGGUGCCCGGCGAGGAAGGUUCAAAAAUGCCCCGCGCGUUUCUGGUGAAGAAGCCGUGCGUCUCCACGUGCAAACGGAACUGGAGCGAGCUCCCCGACGAGGAGCGUGGCGAGAUCUACGUACCAGUCAGCCUGGGCUUCUGCCCACCACAGCCCUACCACGAGCCGGAGCCAUCGGUGGCCGAACCCCCUUCUUGCACCUUGGCUUUGGACAUGAGCCUUCGGGACUCCAGCUAUAGUGUGGCCCCUGGGCCCUGUGUGGUGGCCCAGCUGCCCUCUGAAGGCACGAGCCGCCUGGCAGACCCGCAGAGCAGAGACCACGGCUUCCUGCGCACCAAGAUGAAGGUGACCCUGGGGGACAGUCCCAGUGGAGACCUCUUCACCUGCCACAUCUGCCAGAAGGCCUUCACCUACCAGCGCAUGCUGAAUCGCCACAUGAAGUGUCACAACGACGUCAAGAGGCACCUCUGCACCUACUGUGGGAAGGGUUUCAAUGACACCUUCGACCUGAAGAGACACGUACGCACCCACACAGGCGUGCGGCCCUACAAGUGCAGCCUGUGUGACAAGGCCUUCACGCAGCGCUGCUCGCUGGAGUCUCAUCUCAAGAAGAUCCACGGCGUGCAGCAGAAGUACGCGUACAAGGAGCGGCGGGCCAAGCUGUACGUGUGCGAGGAGUGUGGCUGCACGUCCGAGAGCCAGGAGGGCCACGUCCUGCACCUGAAGGAGCACCACCCCGACAGCCCGCUGCUGCGCAAGACCUCCAAGAAGGUGGCCGUGGCCCUGCAGAACACCGUCACCUCCCUGCUGCAGGGCACCCACCACCUCUGAGCGCGGGGCCCCGGCCUGGGCAGGCCCGGGGGCGAAGGUUGCCUCCCUGCUGCGGCCGCUUGCGGAACCCCGGCGAUCAGGACUGGAGCCCAGGCACGGUGCUCGCUCAGGCCCCACGCGGGCCCCCACCCAUGUUCGUAUGUGCGUCCAGCCCUGAGCCGGGGCUGACGUGUGUAAGAACAGGCCCGGUGAGGCCUUCCAAUCCUUGGAUUCGAAGCAGCUCGCGAACCGAGACAGGACUCCCUCCCCAAGGAGGUGCGCGAAGCCAUCUCGUUGUCUGCGGCCUCUGGAGCCCAGAGCCGGCUGCUGGUCCCCCGGGGACGGCGGGCAGGAGCCCUGGCAAAGAGCUCCCCUGCAGACACAGUGGUGGAGGAGCUGGUGCUCAGGGCCGCGGCGGCCCCGCUCAUGGAGAGGCACGCACGUGGGGGCAUGGCCGUGGCGGCGAGCGUGCACACAGAGGCCUGGCCACAUAUCACCUCAUUUUUAAGAAUCAAUCACAAGGUGCCAAGGAGGUUUUAUUUCCUUUUUUAAAAGAUGACAAAUGUACAGAUAUUAAUAUAUUUUUGGUGCCGAUGGCAACUAUUUUUAAGAGAGGAUGGAGCUGGCUUUUCUCCUCCCCACGCAGUUCUAUUUAUCCUGGACAUUUCACCCCUCCUCUGUGCCUUGGCGCUGGGGUGGCUGCCCUGACCCCACCCUUCAUGCCUCCUGAGGGGUUUCACCUGACACUCUGCUCCAGCCCUGCCGCGGAGGGUGCACUGCUCCCUGUCCCCCUGCGGCCGGGACAGCACGUCACAUCUGUGGCUCUUCCCCCACCCCCACCAACUCUCCGCCCUCCCACAUCCUUUGAAGGCAGGCCUCGGUGUCACCGAGAACUUCCUGCUCUCCCGAUCGUGGACCUUUUGAGAAACAACUCACCCUUGGGGAGGCCGAGGUUCGUCCACUGCGGCUGCGGGGCUGAGCCAGAUGGGAUGGUGUGGCUUCCGCGUGCCCAGUGCCUGCAGUGCUAAGCAUGCAGGGCCAGGCUGCAAGGCUUCCUCUUUUCCUGGCUGAGUCAAAAAUCCUAGGACAGGAGCAAAAAAUUGGGACGGAAUAAGAGCCAGACACAUCAGAAGCCUUUAGAGGGAGGACAGUAUUCGAGGGCUGACAAGUUAUAGUUGGAGCCUUUCUUCUGACUGAUUUUCAAAGGGCCAGGCUGGGGCCUGGGCUCCUAAGGAGGGACCCACCCCUGGGCCAGUCGGCUCCAUCUUCGGGCCUCGGCCAGGCUCCCAUGGCUUGGCUGGGUUUCCUGCUAAGAACAGAAAAGGGGGUGUGGGUCCAAAGAGAGCCAACCUACCAAAGAGGGAGAAGGCAAACUUGAAAGAGCCCAAGGAACACGGCGGGUGGGGCUGCCCUGUGAAGCCAAAGCCCAGGCAGAAGCGGCCUUGGCCUCUCCUGCCCAGAAGGAGCAGCACACGCAGGUAAGGAGCCUGCUCGGUCCUCACUCUGUGUGUGCCUGGUUGUUUUGGAAGGCUCGUGUUUUAUUUGAUUCUAGACUGUGUGGGAGCUGCUGUAUUCUGGAAGUUGUAGAGGAUAAAAUAUUAUUAUCUGGAAGCUCUGUCUUGUUUACAUUCCUGCAUCCCUGUGUCUACCGCCUGGCUGAGGGAGUCACAAAGCUCUGUGUUGUCUGUUUUAUUUUAUAACUCCCCCCCAACUAUCAAAAUAAACGACCUAUCGUUUUCUGUGUUUCUGCUU